ACUGCUGUUGUUUUCCUUCAGAGUAAAUGUCAGCGUCAUUGCGGGUAAACGAUUAAUUACACAGGAAGCGUCAAAAACGGCAGCUUUGGAUCCUUCUGCAGGUGGUUUUCUUUUUUCUUUCUUUUCUUUUUUGUAUGCUUUCAGUGCAGACUGAUGACACAAGUAUCAUCUGGGCUAAAUGCAAUCACGAAACUUGGAAAUGAGUGCUUGCAAUCAGCCUAAAAAGAGCUUGAAGAUGGUUUUGGUUCAUCAUUGGAUCAAAACUAUGAUUUCAAAGAUUCUAGUAUUUCUUAAGUGGUUAACGAUUAAAUAGGCCCUACAAGGUUGAUUGCCAAUGGCGGAUUCUCCUUCUGUCACUUGUCUCUACCUUUGUAUAGCCACAGAGUAAAAGCAUAGAAAAAAAGAUUAAAUGUAUGCAGAGGAGACUACAUCAAAGAUGUCUUUUUUUGUUUUAAAAAAUACAAUUUUGCUUUUAAAAUCUGCCAACAAAAUGUUUACACAUGGCUUGCCUCAUUGAUCUCAGUUUGGUCACAUGGUUUGGUCCAGACUUCUGCAUCUUCAGCCACUAACUUUCACUUCUGCUUAAAUGAAACCUGUCACUGCACGAUCGGAGACAUGCAGUUUUCAAUUUACAGAGUCACUGCUUGGAUUGCUGUAUGUACAUUUUGCAGCAAAUUUUAAACUACAUUUACAGACUCCUAUGGCAUCGGUGACAACUUCCUUCAUCCUUCUCCACCUUUUUACUUUUGGAAAUACAAUAAAUACCAAUUUUUUACCAUGUGAAGCUGACGUGAAUUCCAUCUCCGUGGACUGCUCCUUCAGACCUCUCAAGUAUACACCCUCGUUUCAAUCUUCCUCUGUGUUGGAGAUCAAUUUGGGCUACACCAAGAUAAAACACGUGGGACAUCAUGCCUUUGCAGGUGUCCCAAACCUUAACACUUUAAGACUAAUGGGCAACUGUGAACCUGACAGACUGGGAACAGUGAAGAGCCAAAAAUGCAGAGUCGAAAUUCACCGCGAUGCUUUCAAAAACCUUCAAAAUCUCACAUCUCUUUAUCUGUCAAAAAACAGCAUGACCUCCAUUCCUCUGUUACCUGCAAGUCUCCAGUUUCUCGAUCUUCAGCUCAAUUGCAUUAUUAAUAUUAUCCAUCCUUUAAACACGCCAAACCUUCACACACUCUUACUUAGCAAGAACUGUUUUUAUGCAAACCCCUGCAACCAGUCUCUUUACAUCAGCACAACAGUUUUCAGAGGGCUUCCUAACCUGAAAAAUCUGUCAUUAGGGUAUAAUAAUUUGACUUCUGUCCCUAAAGGACUACCACCAUCUCUGACAAGUUUGGAUCUAAGAGAGAACACAAUCACAGAAGUCUUAAAAGGAGCAUUUUCCCAUUUGACUGCCCUUGAGAACUUGAAUUUGGAGUGGAAUUGUCAACGCUGUGAUCACGCAGCACGCCCCUGUUUCCCCUGUCCAAACAAUCUCCCUCUUCAUCUGCAUCCAGAGGCAUUUUAUUUCGAGAACAGCUCCAUUUCUUUUUUAAGCUUGAGAGGAAAUUCUCUAAAAACAGUUCCUCCUGGCCUUUUCAAGCAUUUGAAAAAAUUAAAAGGCCUGGACCUUUCCGACAACCUUUUAGCAUAUGAAAUCCGAAAUGGGACUUUUUUUGAAGAGCUCACAGGCCUUACUUGGAUUAGUCUGAUCUACAACUAUGAACCACUAAAGACAUUUUCAGAACUGAUCCUGUCCCCGCACAUAAGCAAGAUAUCUGGUCUUCAAAGUCUCCUGCUAAGUGGCAACUUUUUCCUCAAACUUUCAAAUGACAGCUUUAAAGUUCUGUCUACACUACGGAAUCUGACUAAACUGGAGCUGAGAAUGAACUUCAUUAGUGCAUGUAACCUGACCUCCCUGAAAAAGUUAUCAUCUCUCAAAGAAGUUGACCUCUCCCAAAACAUGCUCAAUUUCCUUCCAUGCUGUUCAAAGUCCUCAUCUGGGAUUGUGGACCAGGAGACUUGUCAGAACCAGAACUUGUACACAGAUCAUGUUCACGAACAAAUUCCCAUCGUGGUAGAUCGAGAAAAGACAUCAAGAGCUGACACGUGGAAAUCCAACCAGCAAACUCUGCCCGAAACGGGAGAAAACAAUGAAUUUAAAAUACAACAACCAUGGGACUUUAAAAAAAAACUUUGCCAUCAAAAGCUUGAUUUUGAUCUGUCCCAGAACGACCUUAUGUCACUGAACAACAGGGUUUUUGUAGGGCUGGAGAAUGUAGGUUGUCUAGAUCUUUCUCUCAAUUAUAUGAGCCAGACAUUGAAAGGUGGGAUGUUUGAUGGCAUGAAAAAGCUGGUGUUUCUUAACAUGUCCUUUAAUAGACUUGAUCUUUAUAACGCACAUGCUUUCAGUGAGCUCAAGUCCACUCUGAAGCUAUUGGACGUUAGCAAUAAUGACUUUCAUUUUAAAAUGAGGGGCAUGGGCCAUAGUUUCAUGUUUCUUAAAAACCUAACAAGCUUGGAAGUGCUGAGUCUGGCAAACAACGGUAUUGGGAUGCGAAUAGAUCAGAGGCUGCUCAGCAAUUCUUUGAAGUACCUGUACUUUAGUGGAAACCACCUUGACAUCAUGUGGGGCUCUGACAACAACAAGUAUACCCACUUCUUUCAAAACCUGACAAAGCUCAUUUACCUGGACAUAUCAAACAAUGGUCUUAAAUCCGUCUCAGAACAACUACUGAUCAACCUUCCAGUAAGCAUCAAAGGUCUCAGCAUCAGCAACAAUUUACUUUAUUAUUUUCCCUGGCAAAACAUCUCAACACUUGGCAAUUUAUGCCACCUAAACCUGAGUAGAAACCUUCUGACUUAUAUGCCACCACAAGGAGCAGAUUUUGGACCUUCUUUUUCCCUUCUGGACCUCAGUCACAAUCAUUUCACUUUUAUUCCUGAGAAUUUCUUCAGCAAAGCUACGUCCUUAAGAUACCUAUACCUCAAUCACAAUCAGAUCAAGGCGUUGAGCAAUCAGCAUCUCCCUGCCCUCUUCAAAAAUGGGAGUUCUCUUCAUGAACUUACCCUGCAUGACAACCCCUUUCAAUGUUACUGCGACACAUCUUGGCUUGCAGAUUUCUUGCGCACCACCUCCAUUCAGAUUCCCCACCUGACCACUCAUGUACUCUGUGAAUUCCCAGAGUCCCAGCAGGGAAAAAGUCUACUGUUCAUGGACCAACGCUCUUGUCAGGACAUUUAUGGCAGCUUGGCCUUCCUGAUCUGUUCUUUUUUUACUAUAGUGCUCACUGUUGUACCUCUCCUGAAGCAUCUGUAUGGCUGGGAUGUGUGGUACUGCUUGCAGGUGCUGUGGGCUGGACAUAAAGGCUACUCUAAACUGCCUGGUAACGAUUCCUGUCAUCACUACGAUGCUUUUGUCGUGUUCGACACCAGGAACGGGGAAGUAAGGGACUGGGUCUACAAUGAACUGACUGUUAAUUUGGAGAAGUCUGGAAACCGGAGAUUUUGCCUUUGUUUGGAAGAAAGAGACUGGAUUCCUGGAAUUUCCUGCAUCGACAACCUACAUAUGGCCGUAAAGAACAGUGGGAAGACUGUUUUUGUGCUGGCUAAGGGUGCACAUGGAGCUGAGAUGAUAAAUGGUGUGAUGCAGCAGGCUUUCUUCAUGGUUCAGCAGAGGCUUCUGGAUGAGAAGAUGGAUACAGCCAUACUGGUUCUAUUGGAUGAGACGUUCCCGAAACUCAAGUAUCUUCAGUUGCGGAAGAGACUGUGCAGAAAGUCUGUGCUGUCCUGGCCAAUGAAUCCCAAGGCUCAACCUCUUUUCUGGAAUCAAAUGAGGGUUGCACUGGCAUUAGAUAACCUGAAACUGUAUGAUAGCAACAUGAGUGAAAGCUUUAUAUAAUAUUUUAGCAAACUCAGAAAAAACAAAAAGACUAUUUAACAUAACCAGGUAAAAAAUGAUUCCAUUUAUGUAGCUAUUUUGCUUUGUGGGACUUCUUUUGUUCGUACUGCCCUUUUUGUUUUAGACCAAUUGUGCUCUGUUGUACUUCCUGAAAAAAACCCAAUCAGAAGCAGAGGUCCUGCAGCAGGUAAACUGUUCUAGUCUUUUUAUAAUUCUCCAGGUUGCCCACACAAAAGCAAAUUUUGCUUGUUUUUAAAUAAAUAACGGCUUUAUUCAAAAUUGCAUCAAAUUGUAAAAUGUUUAAUAUGUUUCAGUACUUCUGGCUUUCAGGAUGCAUUUAAGUCUCCCCCUGUCUUGUGAUAUCACAGAAUGUAUUAGUUUCAUGUAACUUUAAUAGUUUGGAAGGAAUUUCUGGGUUUGAAACAAGAUUAAGAUUAUUUAAGGCUAGAAACUUGGAUGCAUAAUCGAUAAAAUAUAUGAAGAAGGGCUUCAGUGGCAUAUUCAAUCGAAAGCAUCCCCACCCUUAAUAUGACAAUUUCACUUCUCUCUGUUAUUUCAGAUCACAACCAACUUGAUUCAUGAAUUUUUUCAUGUUGCCGGGAAGAUGAUAACAGAAAAUUUAGAUGAUGCUUUUUCUGUAGAACCUGCAGUUCACUUUUAAUUCGUUUUAUUUUUAAAGCUUCCGGCAAUAUAAAAAUACCAACAUGAAAGUAACAAAUGGUCAACUUAAUUGCCUAUCUGCUGACUGAAAGCAUUGUAGGCUGCAGCUGCAGUUUCAUAUAAAGCUGUCUGAAAGUCUUGUUUUAAAGUGAAAGUCUUGUUUUUAAAUGUUAUUGUAUUUUAUGCCCAGCACUUUGAGUGACAUGUGUUGUUGUAAAAGUGCUAUAUAAAUAAAGGUUGAUUUGAUUUGAA